CAUCCCCAGCGGCAGAGGAUAAAGCAUCUGGGCUGAGCGGCUGCCCUCUUCUGCGGCUGCACUGCACAGGAAGGGUCUCUUCCUCCACCGACCCAGAGUGAGAGCGGGCAGCAGCGGCCACUGCAUGCUUUGCCUGCUAAGGUUUCACAGAAUUAAUAAUUCAGACAACAAUUUGAAAGGCAAAACCACCGGUCUGUGGUUGCUGAAGUCCUAGGAGGGCUCAGGCAGAGCACCGUCUGUUUUUGAUGUGCGCCAGAGAAGCACUGAAAAAGAAGGUGCCUUGUCUUCUCUGUUUCGGCGGGAGCGAGGGGCCUCGUGGCAAUGCCCAUCCCCAGCAAGCACCCCAACAUCGGCCGCUCACAGAGCUGGGAUGCUGCUGGCUGGUAUGAAGGCAACUGGGAGAGUGAGAACGCCUUCGAGUACCAGAGGCCACCAGGCCGGAGGAGCUCCCUGACCUAUGGCGGCGAGGGAGGCUGGUAUGAGCCACCACGAGCAAACGAUAUCAUCUUGCAGGGCGGCGCAGAGCUGAAGCAAGAGGCGUAUCCAUACCAGGAUGCCACCUUUGCCCCAGGGCCCCUCAGGAAGGGCUCUGUUCCUGACUUCACCUACUGCGACCGGCAGGCGGCCAUGGCAGGCCGGGGCUCCCUGCCACCCCAGGAUUACUACAGCGACCCAUCCCUGGCAGCCAGGUCACCCAAGGACCCCCGCUACUACCGCGACCACGUGGUGAGCAGGCCAUUAACGAGCUAUGGAGUGCCUGGCAGCCGGCUCUCCUGGGACCAGGCUCCGGGGCGCCUGCCUGCCCCACUGGAGGCCACUCGCCUCUACCGGGACCCCAAGAUGGCCCUGGAUGGACAGCGAAUGCGCAGCAGAGAUGUCUCCCCGGCACGGUACGGCAUGGAGCCCACUGGCCCACGGUAUGCAGCAGAGCCACCCACCUUCCCCAGCAGGCAGGCCUAUGGCGAUGGGGCAGAGCGGCCCCCUGAGCCAGCGGGAGCCAGGCAGGCUGCACCCACCUGCCUGGUGGUGGAUCCCACCAGCAGCACCAGCACUGGCUAUGGGCCAGGCCGCGAGUGUGCUGGCACCAAGGGUCCCUAUGACAGCUAUGAGGCAGCGGUGCCAACACUGUCCCACCCGCCGGUGCCCCCCACCUUUCCCGGGCCAGAGGGGAAGAGGAGCUUUGACCCUGAGUUUGUGGCGCUGCUGCGUGCGGAAGGCGUCUCAGAGAGCACCUUUGCUGCCUUGCUGCAGCAGGGCUUUGACUCCCCAAAUCUGCUGGCCAUGAUGGAGGAGAAUGACAUCAAAUCUGUGGCUCCAAACCUGGGGCAGGCCCGUGUGCUCUCCCGCAUUGCCCACAACUACAAGGCAGAAAUGCAGCUGCAGAGGCAGGAGCGGAGGAGUGGGGCACUACGCCCCAGGACCCGCUCCAACAGCUUCAGCCACCGCAGCGAGCUGCCAGGUGACUAUGGGAUACCCCUGGGCUCGGGGCCCACCACAGAUGGCCCUGCCAUCCCACAGCCUCAGCCUCCACUGCAGCCAAUCUCCCCAAGAGGAGUGGAGAUGCACCGCCGGCCAUCCAGCGCCCCAACCCAGCACCUGCUGGAGACCACCACCUACCCUGCCUCUGCAGGGGCACCUCAGGGGCCACACUUUCUCCCUGGUUCUGGAUACAACACCCCCCUGCCUUGCAGCACAAACCCACGGCCAGCCUCCGCUUACUGUGCUCCUGUCGGCAUGCCCAUGACCACAGCCAACCCACAUGCCAGCCCCAAAACAGCCUACCCUACCACCUACACCGUGCCCAUGGAGCUGAUGAAGAGGGAGCGGACGGCAACUGCGUCACCGGCACCCAGCCCACAUGGCAGCCCACAGCUCCUCCGCCGGCCAGGACCACCGGGGGACAGCAGCCUGGCACCCGCUGGACCCACUUUCCCCGCCCAGCCCUCCCCGUACCCGAAGCUCAGCAGGCGCACGGGGCCCCCAGUCAUCGUCUCCACCAUGGCAUCACCUGAACCAAGUAUUCGUCCUCAAAUCAUGAACGGCCCCAUGCACCCCCGGCCCCUGGUGGCACUGCUGGACGGCAGGGACUGCACAGUGGAGAUGCCCAUACUGAAGGACCUGGCGACGGUGGCAUUCUGUGACGCACAAUCAACUCAGGAGAUUCAUGAGAAGGUAUUAAAUGAAGCUGUUGGGGCAAUGAUGUACCACACCAUCACGCUGACUCGAGAAGACCUAGAGAAGUUCAAGGCCUUGAGGGUCAUUGUUCGAAUAGGCAGCGGCUAUGACAACAUCGACAUCAAAGCCGCAGGGGAGCUUGGGAUUGCUGUUUGCAACAUCCCCUCGGCCGCCGUGGAGGAGACAGCCGAUUCCACCGUCUGCCACGUCCUCAACCUGUACCGGCGCAACACGUGGCUCUACCAGGCGCUGCGCGAGGGCACGCGCGUGCAGAGCGUGGAGCAGAUCCGGGAGGUGGCCUCCGGUGCCGCCCGCAUCCGAGGGGAGACGCUCGGCCUCAUCGGCUUUGGUCGCACUGCACAGGCGGUCGCGGUCCGAGCCAAGGCAUUCGGCUUCAACGUCAUCUUUUAUGACCCAUACCUGCAGGAUGGGAUAGAGAGGUCCUUGGGAGUCCAGCGGGUCUACACGCUGCAGGACCUGCUCUAUCAGAGCGACUGUGUCUCCUUGCACUGUAACCUUAACGAACACAACCACCACCUCAUCAAUGACUUCACAAUUAAGCAGAUGAGGCAGGGAGCAUUCCUGGUGAACACGGCCCGUGGGGGGCUGGUGGAUGAAAAGGCCUUAACUCAAGCCCUGAAGGAGGGUCGGAUACGAGGGGCUGCGCUCGACGUGCACGAGUCAGAACCCUUCAGUUUUGCUCAAGGCCCAUUGAAAGAUGCUCCUAACUUAAUCUGUACCCCCCACACCGCUUGGUACAGCGAGCAGGCAUCACUAGAGAUGAGAGAAGCUGCUGCUACUGAAAUACGGCGUGCCAUCACAGGGCGCAUCCCAGAAAGCCUACGGAACUGUGUGAAUAAGGAAUUCUUUGUCACAACAGCUCCGUGGUCAGUAAUAGAUCAGCAAGCGAUCCAUCCAGAGCUCAAUGGUGCCACGUACAGGUAUCCACCUGGGAUGGUCAGUGUCACACCGGGAGGAAUACCGGCAGCUAUGGAGGGCAUCAUCCCUGGAGGCAUCCCCGUUACCCACAACCUCCCCACAGUGGCACACCCUUCCCAAGCUCCAUCUCCCAACCAGCCCACAAAACACGGGGACAACAGGGAACAUCCCAACGAGCAAUAGCAGAUAAUUUAAAAAUCCUUCAAUAAACUUAGGACCAAGAGACAUUGGAGAAGUUAUACCUGAACUGGGGAAAAAAAGGAAAGAAAAAAGGCAUUUGAUACACAAUUUGUAACGCUGAUUUCGGACAGAGGCAUCAGUGGUGAUCCAGUGUUACCCACCGCGGGAUAGAGCAGUCAAGACGGGGGAGAAGCCCUGAAGCAGUCACCUGCGUACUGAAGCGCUGAAAACUAGGAUGUGAUACGUUAAUGGUCAACUUCUGUUCUUGUGUGUUAAGUUUCCUUCAUCUGUGCAUCAAUCACAUGAAUAAAAAAUAGGAAUUUUCUUCCCCCCCUCAGUUGCUCGGGGAGGACAGGGCUCCUGCACCUGUCUUCAAACCACUGCAUUCAGCCAUCCUCACAGAGCCAGCCCAGAAAUGCUAAGAGCAAACCAUGAUGCGGCUUCAGUCCUUUCCUCACGCUUGUGUCUGGUUACCUCUUCUAACAGGAGGCAUCAGGACUGGCUUAGAAGUGGAAGAUGAAAAAAAAAA